AUUGCGUCUUUUCACCGUGGAAGGAGCCUUUCAACAAGUGGCGUGCAAUUAUUUAAAAAAAAGGAAGUGUUUAUCGGAAAUUCGCGUUUCAGUUUAGUGUUCGAACUCUGAAAAGACAAUUGUGAUUCUGUUUUUGUCGGUUUUUGUUAUUUUGGAAGAAAUUCAAGUGGUGCAGUGAAAGAAAAAGGACCAGUGGAUUGGAGUUCGGGAAAGGAAGAAAGAUGGCGCCUGACCCGCCGAGCUUCGACUCGGGAGGGAAUAACUCCGGAAGCAGCACUAAUACUACCAGACAAUACCAAACAUACGAGUACAACCACAGCGACGUAGCGCCGUUUCGUGUGAUAGUACAACUCAAUGACGAUGAUGGAGGCCAGCUGCGUGCAAACAAGCUGUCGCUUGGCAAAGUGUUGUCAAGGGUUGAGGAGUACAAACAAGACAUAACCAACAUGCGUGCUCUAGGCAGGAACAAAGUGCUAGUGUUCCUGAGAAGCUUCCAAACGGCGAACAAAUUGCAAUCCGACAAACUGUUGCGCAGCAACAACUAUAAGGCGUACAUCCCACGAAGCUUCGUGUCGGUGACGGGUGUCGUGGCUGGCGUGCCGACAGACAUGACGAUCGACGAAAUACAAGACAACAUCGCGUGUCAGUACCCAAUCUUGGCCAUCAAUCGCUUGCACCGGUACGUCUCUGGUAGAAAAAUGGAAGCCCACCGAAUCAGCAUCACGUUUCGAGCAAGUACUCUGCCGGCGGAAGUUCGCCUCUUCUGCUGUAUCAACUCAGUACGACCAUUUGUAAACAAGCCAGUACUCUGCCUGAACUGUCUCAGGUAUAACCAUGCCACGGAUAGCUGCAGAUCCAAAAAGCGGUACCCGAACUGCACUCAGCAGCACGAGGGACUCGAACAAGGAGACUGCCCUAACAAAGCUAAGUGCCUGUACUGUAAGGAGGAACCGAAUCACAGGACGUCGGACGAACAAUGCGCGGAAAGGCAGAGACAGAGGAAUAUAAAGAUGAUCAUGGCCAAAUCCACCCUGACCUACAUGGAAGCUAAGGAACAAUUCCCGAUUUUCACUGAAAAUCGCUACAACCUGCUUGAAAAUGCUGAGGAGUUCCCGACUCUCCCAACUACCUUCGCCAAAAUGACAGCUGGUCAUUAUAAAACCAAAAGCACGCAGCAAUAUCGUCCACAAAAACCCAAACGACCGAACGAGGACGUGAUCAUCGCGGAUCAAGUACAGGUGUUUGCUGAGCCGAAGAAGAAGAAAGUUAAUGCGGAAAAGGAGACUGAGAAGAACGGAGUAGCUCUUUUCAAUACCUACAAAGCAUCCGAUUUUGAACGUUUCGUGCAGCGCAUCGAGGAGCAGCGUAAACAACAGCAAAGCCACGGAUACGAGCGUGGACUCGAGCGUGGAACCAUGGAGUAUGCUGAAGAAGAAGGAGCAACAGGUAUGACAAACAGCCCCAGGAGUUGCAACACCGCAACGAACGUGACGAGACAUGGUAGGAUCCGGAGUCGCAGUCCUGAUAACAGAAUCUAAAACAAUGUAAUCUUGUGACACGAUAGACAACGCUGAACACAUGCUUUUCUUCUGCGUGAAAUACGCCGUCACGAGAAGCAAAUACGAACUGGAUAAAUUCAG